UGCCCGAACCUGCCCGCGCCCCGCAACGGCGCGGCGCGCGGGUAGCGCUAGGCAAGCUAGCUAGCGGGAUCGGACGAACGAUCGCGAGGGUUUGAGAUCGAGGUAUCUCCGUUGUUUUUCUUAGCUCAUCCUCAGACUAUGGUUGACUCCCUGUUGAUUUUUGCAGUACCGAUAUGGACGGCUGAAUAAAUCAAGAAUAGGUCUACCUUUACAUCGGGGAUUCUUCCCACAGUUAAAAUUGAUCAUCGAGACGAGUCAGAACAGCUGCUCCUGAACAUUGCUGAAAUUCAAAAGAUGGCUUUCUCAGGAGAACUGAUAGCACGUUUAGGAUACGCCCCUCCCAAUGUCACCCCAUCCUUCGUGACCCCACCCCCAACAGCCGGAAGAGAGGGCAUGGCAGGAGUUGAUACCACAGAUGAAGAACUAAAGAGAAUGUCUGAGGAGACUGUACAGGAGGCAGUAAGUGAAGAAGUGUUCUCUGGCUACCAAGCAACCACCGUGAUACCAGGUGCCAUCACGCAUCCUGGAAACAUUGUAGAGGCAGCAUCACUCUCGGCAGUACCUCUUCCAGAACCUACAUACAAACUUGCCUCUUCUAUACCACAUAGAAUCAUAGAGGAUGGCAAGCUCAGCGAUCUUCAACUUGAGGGAAUUCAAUAUGCGUGUCAACGACACCAGAAGAUACUGGCCAAUGGUUGCCGGGCAGGUUUCUUCAUAGGUGAUGCUGCUGGAGUCGGUAAAGGGCGACAGAUAUCUGGUAUUAUUCUUGAUAACUAUGUCAGAGGGAGGAGAAAGCACAUAUGGUUCAGUAUAUCAGCUGAUUUGAGAGUAGACGCGCAAAGAGAUGUCAGUGAUCUUGGAUGUCAUAUUAAAAUUAUUGAGGGCUGCCAACACCUGGAUAGGGAAACAAGGGCGUUUGGUCUUUCUGCCAGUAUGAAGGAGGGUAUAGUAUUCAGUACAUAUGCAACUCUUGUCUCUUCAGUGCAAAAAGGUGUGACAGGUCGUCAGAGUCGUUUAAAGCAGCUGAUUGAUUGGUGUGGGCGGGAUCAAUUUGAUGGAUGUCUUAUUUUUGAUGAAUGCCACAAAGCUAAACACUUCAUCCCGGGAAAAGAAAAGAAUAGCACAAAAAUAGCCAUGGCAGUUACAUCAAUCCAAAGGUUGCUCCCAAAAGCUAGGGUUGUUUACUGCAGUGCAACAGGAGUAACAGAUGUCAAAAAUAUGGCAUUUAUGGAAAGGUUGGGACUGUGGGGUGAAGGAGCUUCGUUCAAGACCUUUGAACAUUUCCUAGAUACCAUCACAAGAAGAGGUUUAGGUGCCGCGGAGAUGCUGGCGAUGGAGAUGAAAGCAUCCGGAAUGUACGUGUCUCGUGGUCUCAGCUUCCAGGAAGCGGAGUUUGAAACCGUGGAGACGAUGUUGACAGAGGAACAGAUCAAGAUGUAUGACAUGGCGACGCAUGUAUGGUCCGAAGUUCAGAGAUCGCUAGAGGUAGCCCUUGGAAGGACCAACACAGCGCCAGGAAGGAUCUGGUCUAUGUUCUGGUCGUGCCAUCAGAGGUUCUUCAAGCAGCUUUGUCUUGGCGUGAAGGUGCCCACGAUCGUGGAACAAGCCAAGUCAUCGUUAGCAGAAGGGAAAUGUGUCGUUAUCGGACUUCAGACCACAGGAGAGGCAAGUCUUGAGAGUGAGAUGACAAAACAUAAUACCACUCUGCCUGGGUUUGUGUCAGUUGCCAGAGAAAUAUUGACCCGAUUCAUCCAGCAACAUUUUCCAACUUCAGUCGUACACCCAACUGGUUUAGAGCCUGAACCUGAUGAAUGGAGCUGUAAAGCAAAGGAAUUGUUACUUGGAUUUGCCCAGCAGAUUGAUCUGCCAAAUAGUCCUCUGGAUGAUAUCAUAGACCAGCUUGGUGGAGCAAGCUGUGUUGCCGAGAUGACCGGUAGGAAAGGCCGAGUGGUCAGGGUCAAUCCUGGGGGAUCCGCUGUCCAGUAUGUCCUGAGGUCUGGAGAAUCGGGAGAUGUGGACAGUCUCAACGUCCAAGAGAGGAAUCACUUCAUGAAUGGUCAGAAGCUAGUAGCUAUCAUCUCCGAUGCAGCCAGUACUGGUAUUUCUCUCCAUUCCGAUACCAGGGUGCCCAACCAGAGGAGGAGGGUUCAUUUGACCAUUGAGCUACCAUGGUCAGCGGACAAGGCUGUUCAGCAGAUGGGGAGAUCACAUCGCUCUAACCAAAGCAGUGGCCCGUUAUAUAAGCUGUUAACCACAAACCUUGGGGGAGAGAGAAGGUUUGCAUCAGCUGUAGCCAGGAGGCUGCAAUCCUUGGGUGCUCUUACUCAGGGAGAUAGGCGAGCUGCUACCGGGGCUGACCUGACCCAGUUCAACUUUGACACACCUUACGGUCGUUCAGCGCUCCGGAGCAUGUAUCAUGCCAUCAGUAGGAGAGAACUUGUCGCAGGAGUACCGUUGAAUCUCAUGACGAGAGGAAUGAUGGACUUUAGUUCCUUUAACGAUCAUAUGAGGGAUUGCCUGGUCCAGAUGGGCGUCGCCAGCGUUAUAGACACUAGUUUAGUCAUCCAGGAUAAGGAUCAGAGUGGCGUCGGCAAGUUCCUCAAUCGUAUCCUCGGACUCACCGUGGCAAGACAGAACAUGAUCUUCACCUAUUUCUUUGGGGUUCUCCAAGCAGCGAUUGCCGCAGCAAGGAAGGAAGGGAGAUAUAACGAAGGACUGGUUGAUAUCAUGGCAUCAAGUAUUGAGAUGGUAGGGAACCCUCGUCCAUUGUUCACCGAUGCCAAGACAAGCUCUCCAGUCAGUCAUGUAUCCUUAGAGGUGGACCGUGGUAUGAGCUGGGAGGCAGCCGUUAAGAGAGCAGAUAAUUUCCAAGGAAAACAUGAUGGUUUCUAUCGUUCAAAGAGAGAACAGUUUGGUGGGUACAUGUACCUACUUGCCACAAAGAAGCAGAACUCGACCCACUUCUAUAAGAUUUGUAGACCCAAUACUGGUGUGUCAGGAUUUGAUGAGGACAUCUCAGAACUGUUGAUGCGGUACCAGCCGAUAAACAGAGAGGACGCUGAGACACCAUGGAAAGACUACUACGAGAGAUCUAAGGAUCAUUGUAUCCAUGGACCAAGAUGUAAACAUGCAUCCACCUGUAGAGUUGGUGCACGUUUGUAUCAGUUGGAUCUGAUCUGCGGUGGCACUUUGACCCUCAUGACCUCACUUGAAAUCACCCUACAACACCACGCAGGAAGACUUCAACUCAGUAAAACAGAGAGUAACAUGCGAGUCGUUCGGGUACAGCUGAGUAACGGGAAGCGAGUGAUUGGCGUAAGGUAUCCCAACAUUCUCAUACCCAUAGCGGAAGACGAUCUCAGAGAAAAGAAAGCUCUGGAGAAGGUUCAAAGUAAAUUAGGAAUAGGGCCAUCAUCCAUCUCCUCUCCACUGGGCCCCUCUGUGGCCAAUCACCAAGAAUCUACCCCUGACCCCACUGCCGUGUCAAAGGUCAUCAUCGUUGAGGACGAGACUCCUGUCCAAGCCAAGUUCGUCUCCAAGGCCAUGACCCCUGCUCCGACACUAACAAGCUAUUUCAAGGUCAAAGAGAAGCCCGUUUCCAUGGAUUCAAGCUCAGAUUCUAAAGAAGUAAGUACUGAUGAUGACGAUGUCGGUGGUGGCAGUUGGGAGCACUGUGAAGAUGGAGGUCGGAAGAAGAGGAAGCUUGGCGAUGCGGUUUCCGAAGCAAGCAGCGACGGAUCCACCCAAGAUGGCCCUGGACCAAAGGAAUUCGCUGCUACCUCUGUCAAGAAGCCUUUGCAGGACAGUAACAAUGGCAGCGUGCUCACUUCGGGGAGCAGCCGCAUCUCGGCGCCUCCAGUGAAGAAGUGCAAGAAGCAGUCUUCGCUCUUAACCUCGUUGCAGAAAGGAGGGGAGAAGAAGGUGGAGAAGCGGGUUGUUUGUCCGAUAUGUGCCAAAGAGCUGCCUCGUGGAACUAUGAACAAGGACUUGAACAAACAUAUAGAUGCUUGCCUAGCUGCUCAGUAGAGUUGAGCAUUUACAUGGUGUAUAAAUCAUUGGGCUUCCUUUUUAUACCUUGAUCGUACUAUGUGUGAUGUACGUUGGAUAUCAGUUAAGUGUUUUCCUAACCAUAGUAUGUACUAUGGUUAACUAUUUAAAUGUACUUGUGUAAGCUUUCUAGAGUCAAGAUAUAUUUUGACAUGACGUAUUGACUUGGCUGCUGUUCAGUGUGAAUUCUUAAAAUGUUAAGAAAUUAUGUUUUCCGUAUUUUACAUUUCAUAGCUCAAUUCAAAUGUAUUCAUUAAUAUAUCAUGCAGUUGGAUGGCUUUAAAACAGAGCUGCCAAAUCUUUUCCAAGAACUGGGAAUUAUUAUCAUUACUAUUCCAUUGGUUGAAUAACGAGUUGCAUUUGAUUUUUCAAAUUGUGUUCGACUGUGACUGUGUCUGGAACAGGGCUAAAUCUUAUUUCACUUAUUUCACUGCUAUUAACGAGUUGAUACCAGACGCAACCAAAUAAACACGUAAAAACCUUACGUACGUAACACAGUAAGGGUUUAAAAAUACUGAAAAAAGGUUAUAUAUUUCACUAGGAAAGAUGCAUGUUUGCGGUCAAAUUUGCGAGGGUCAAAAGACCAAACUGUUCUCAUAAAGGAUGUCCUCAUUGCCCCAACACUACAUGUUUAGAGUCCGAUUUUAGCGAGGUGUGUGAGGUGGGUCGGUACCAAGCCAAAUUUAAGUGAAGGUAAAGCCGACAGUUGACAUAUUGCUGUACUUGUUUAGGUGGCCAAUUCAGGGAAUACUUGUCAAGGGUACCGUUUUGUUUCAAAUGCCUGUUAAGGGUAGGGUUUCACAUGCCAAUACUUGUUAAGGGGUGCAUUUACAAAAUAUGGAAAAUACUUGUUAAGGGGGGUGUUCGUAACCCCAUGGUUGCGCCUGGUAUCCACUCAUCAGGUGGAAUCUGCCCCCCCCCCCUGGAAUUUCACCUCAUUUUCAUUUUGCUUCUUCACAAGGUUAGAAAUCAUCUCAGGAUGUGUUUAACAACUCUUUUUUUCUUUCUGGGCUACCCCAAAACCAAUGAUAAGUAACCAGGGAAGAUUCUUUGUUAAUAGACCCUUUCGUAGUGUACUUCAUGGACAAUUUUGGUCAAAUGAACUUUCAUUUGCCUAUGAAGUAUGAUAGGCAGAUUUCAAAGCAAGAUAUUAUGUAAGCAUGCCUUACAUAGCAGGAUGAAGAAAUUGAAUAGACCAGGUGACUAGAAUAGCACACCAAUGAACUUUUUAUGAAGGUAUUUGUUGCAUUCCUACUUUAUUGCAUAUCAUAGCCUGUUUGCACAAUGUACUGUACUUGGUAAACUGUGAAAUACCAGUCGUUCGUGGACGCAUUGUAUUUUUUUGUGGAUGUAAAUGAAAAACACAAUUCCAAAGAAUAUAUGAAUAAUGAAGACAUCAAAGUUGGUGCUUAUCUCAUUAGAUUUAAACCACCAUGUCACUACAGUACAAAUGACUUAAAGUCCUUGUUAACGCAAUAACUUGAGUUGAAGUUAACCUUUGCUCAUAUAAUUUGGUGUGUAUGAUGCUAGCAUAGAUCUCAGCAAUUCUACAUAUGUAUUGAUUUUGAGGUAAGGAGGUCAGAGGUGAAGUCGCCACCUUCCACUUUUCUUGCUUGACCAAUAACUCCAUUUUCCAUGUUACAGGCAGGCGUAUUAUGUGCUGGCAGUAGCUACACUCUUGUGAAUGCUUAUAUAGCAGGUAUGUUGCGAAGAGUACUUAAUGACAAAAUACUGCAAUAUUUCUGCAUUGAGCAACUUCUACCUUUUCCAUAUACAGCAUACUGCAAAUUGUUUUUUCUUUUGGGGGGGGGGGGAGUAACCAAGUUGAUCUCACAUUGUGAACUUGAUUCUUAGAUGUUCGUUGUGUGAUAUGUUUAUUUCUGUUAGAUACCUACAAUGUAGAUACAAACUUGUUACCAAAUUAUGGAAGCUGCAAUCAUGUCAGUCACUCUUUCAUUCGGUGCUAAAAAAACUAGAUUUUAAAGUAGAGGAUAUAAAACAGAAAUAUAUCUCAGAGAAUGUUUUACACAUGAUUAUUGGGUAGCUUUUAGACCAUUGUGUACUACAUAUUUGUAUCUAUUGAUCAUUGUCACUAAAUAAAAACAAAUUCACAUGUUUUUUUUCAAAUGUUUGAAGAUUUUGAUUACUUAUUUAUGUAAUUAUAGUUUGU